UAGAAUAAAGAGGGCCAAGGGCAGAGCUUUUAGGUGCAACAAUGUUUCAUAUCUGGGGAGAGGAGAAAGAUUCAGCAAAGGAGAUUGAGGACAGCCAAUGAGGUAGGAGGAAAAUUCAGGGAGUGUGAUGUUCAGAAAGGCAAAGCGAUAACAUUAUACAAAAAGGGGGAGUGUCCAGUGGUGCAGGGAAGUCCAGGAACUGAUGGUUGCAUUUAGCCAGAGCAGUUUUUGAUAGAGUGGUUUAGAAGUAGGUUGGGUUGGAAGCCUGAAUAGAGAGAACCCAGGAGAACAAGAAGUGAAGACAUAAGCCUAUGAUCCUACUAUGGCUGAAUCCCUGAGGGAAGCUUCUGGAAGCCUGGAAGUUCUAGAGGCCGGUGAUGAGGGAAAGAAGAAAUCCAAGUUUAAAGUCUUCAAGAGCUUCUUUGGCAAGAAGAAGAAAAAAGAGCCCGAGGAUACCUGGGGAGGGAGGAAGCUAAAACCAAGCCUGUCCAGCGACAACAUCAACAUCUUUGCUCUGAAGCCGGUUCAUGAAGAUCAGACUGAGCCUCGGGCCAAGAGCAACAUGGGGAGCAAAGCCCUGUCCUAUGACAGCAUCUUCAUGAUGGAUCCUGAGCCUGCAUAUAAAAUCUACCCCUCUCCAGAGCUCCAGAGAGGCAGAUCUCUGCAGAGACCUUAUGUUUCCAAAACUCUGCCUAGAACCGGGACUGGUAGUCUGCAUCGAGCUGUUUCUGGAGUUACGUUUGGACGUAUGCUCCCAUAUGUACCCAGAAGUGCACUUUGGGCCGGGGGAUCCGACAUCACUGAGAGCCCAUCACUGCUGCCACGCCAACGAAGCAUCAGCCCACCUCUUACCCGUUCUGACACAAUCUCUAAGGACUUGGAGGAAAUCUCUGUUGAUGAGGAGUCACCUGAGAGCUCACCAAAGGACGUUUCAGAGCAGAUCUUGACAAUGAAGAAGGUGGAGCCAAAACAGGGGAAGCCAGGCGUUCCACUGGUGUCUCAAGAAGAGAAGAGUACAACGACAUCCCAAGAAGCUGUCCAAAAGAAGCCGAAAAACGACAGUGCAGGUGCCUCAAGCCUGGAGCAGAGCAAGAAAACCGAAACUCCGGAUAAGAAGACAGCAGAGCAGACCGCAAACCCAGAUGCUGCUGGCACUCAGGGCUACCUGUCGACGACGGCGUUUGGAAGACAGUGUGCAAGGAGAGGUCCCGGUGCUAUAGGAAUGAGUGAGUGUGGGCUCAGAGGAAGAACCUUCAAACAGAGUUCUGUCUUCUCUGCGGACCUCUCUCUGGAGCAGUCCACAACUCCACCGGCCAAAAGCGUGACUCCUCAGGAGGGACUUUCGGAUAAAGAUGGCCUGGGAAAGAGAAAUACUGGGAUGGAUUUUAAAGCUGGAACCACAGCAGGAGCCCAAUCUGUACUUGAAGACGUGGAAGGGUCCACGGUUGGUGACCCAUCAACAUGCCGUGAGGACGGGGCCCCGGGAGCCAGCAGGCCAGAAGCCAUAGCUUCUCUCUUGUCAGCGGCAACCGAGGCCGAAGCGUUUAAGGAUCCUUCUCGCACCCAGUCGGAGACGGAAGAAGCCUGCAGCUCCGAUUUGCAAGGUAUCCAGCUGAAAAUGGAGUCAGCUCAAGAUAUUCCAACUGUCUGCAGAGAAAAGCCCCCUGGAAAGUGUCUCCCGGCCUUCACAGCAGGUAUUUCAGCUCCGCCAAGCGAUUUGGCAAAGAGAGGCGUUUCUGUGGGGACGCCGCCUCUCAGGAGCCUUUCCCUGGCCGUGGUGAAGUUCCAAGCCGAAGAAGAGUCCCCUGAUUCCGAGAGUUCUUCAGAGGCGGGGGGUGGUUCUGAGCAGGUGCCUCCCAGGCCUGCUUCCCAGCAGGAGAAGCCCAAAGAUGACCAAAAAGUCUUCCCCCAACCAGGAAGUUCAGCCGUGGAACCGAGCCGGCCCGGUUCCCCUUCCUGGGCCGUGGCGCGGCCCGAAGCUAAAGAGGCCUCCUUGGAUUCCGAGAGCGUUCCAGAGGACGAAGACACCUCGGAGCAGCAGGUGCGUCCCGGGCACUCUCUCCAGUCGGCCGGGAAGCCCGACCGUGGCCAGGAAGUCUUCACGGAGCCCAAGAGCUCCGCUCCCAAGGUCUUGGGGGAGCCCAAAGUGUCCACCGAGUGGCACAGUUACGCUGACAAGUACAAGAGUGCUGACCCUUCCCGGGCCUGGAAGGAGAAGCCCAAGGACCAAGGAGGAACCCCCUCAGCUUCGAAGAGCGUACUUAAGGAGUGGGAUGUUUCCAUGCAGCGGCUCGCUCUCCAACAGCUUCCUCAGUCCUUCGCGAAGCCGGCUGUUCAGCAAGUGUCGUCCGGCCCGGUGAGGGCUUUGGCACAGCGGAGCGGCUCUGCGGAGCACCUGCUGCCCCAGUCCGGGACGGGCGCCAAGGCCAAGCAGCAAGCCUCGGCAUGUCUGGAGAGCACUGCCAGGGACUGGAGCCUCUCCCUGGAGCCGCUGCCUCCCAGGACCUCUUCGAAGCACCUGAUGAGGCGUAAAGUUGGGCAACCGGUCUCCAAAAGUCCAGAAAUUGCUAUGACCCCAGGGGUCGAUUCCGCGGCCCUCAAAUGUCAUUCUAAGCCUCCCCCGAAACCCACGGCGGGGAAUGCAUUCCCUCCAGGUCCAGAGCACGUGUCUGUUUCGAAGCAAGUGCUGCCGCCCAAGGGUCGUUUCUGGGCCCUGCUGAGAUCGGUAGUUGAGAAACAGGUCCCCCCCCGUGCGGAAAGUGCUGUGGUUGAGAAGGACGCUUCUAUGCAGCCGCUGGUCCCCAAACAUCAGUCCCCGAGGCAACCUCUGGUCCAGCAACAAGUCUCUGCGAGUCCGGAGAGCGCUGCAGCUGAGGGGGGCGCUUCUGGGGGGCCACUGCUCCCCAAACAUUCUGCUCGGCCCCUGGUGAAUCCUCAAAGCCAGCAGAUCUCAGAGAAUGCUGCGGUCAAGAAGGGCACAUCUGCCGAACUGCCUCGCAGAGGCCCUGUCCAGCCUUCGGGGAGGCCCAGACUCCAGGCACAGACCCUCCCCGCCGACUCGGUGAGUGCUUCUGAGGGCAGCGGUCCUGAGGAGAAGAUGCCUCCCCCACACACCUCCCGGGCCUGGGUGAGCCCCAGAGUUGAGCAAGAAGCCUCCUCGGGUUCAGCGAGUGCUCCCUCAGCACGGAGCACUCCGGUGGAGUCAAAGCCUCCCAAAAGCGCUCUGCAGGCCUGGGGCAACCGUAAAUCCAAGCAAGCGGCUUCCACGGGCCUGGAGGGCGCUGUGGCCGAGAAGGGUGGGUCCAAGGCGCAGCCCCCCCCCAGAAUGUCUUCUCAGUCCCCGAUGAAACCCGUGGGGAAACAAGCAGUCUCUGCAGGGCCGGAGAGCGUGGCCGCCAAGAAGGAGGCUUCUGCAGAACCACUGCCUCCCAGGCAGUUUUCCAGGUCCCUUGCGGUACACAAAGUCCAGCAAAUAUCUUCAAAUUUUGAGAGCAGUGCUGCGGAGGGCGCCGUCUCCGGGAAGCCACUGCCUCCCAAGAAUCCUAUCCAGAUCUGGGUCAGGUUUAAAGUCCGGGAAAUGUCCUUGCGUCUAGAGAACAAGGCCCUUGAAGGAAACACGUCUAAGAAGUCACUGAUUCCUAGAUAUCCUUCCCGGUCAUUUGUGAAGUACAUGGCAGAACGAGUCUUUUCAGAGAGCCCCGUGGCCGAGCGGGGAUUUCACACGAAUCCCCCAUCUACAAAUCCACCUUCCAAACCUUCGAUGAGGCCCGAGGCCCAGUGCCAAGUCUUCUCAGGUCAGGAGAACGCCAACAUGGGGGGAGGCAUUUCCUCACAGCUGCUGCCUUGGAAAGGCCCUUUACAGUCCUCAGGGAGGCCCGAAGACCCCAAAGAAGUCUCCUCGCAUUCGGAGAGCGCUCCUGCGAAGUCGAGUGGUUCAAAAAAGCAGCCGCCUCCCAGAUACCUUUCCCAGGCACUGGGGAAGCUUGAGUACCAGCAAUAUGGCUCCCUGGUCUCUGUGAGCGCUCUUGGAGACAGGAAGAGUUUUGAAGACAAGCUGCCUUCUGGAGGCCCUUCCCAAGCCAAGAAGGGGCGUGAAUCACAACCACAUGUUUCCUCAACAGGCUCAGCGAGUGCGCCUGUGGGGUGGAGUUGUUCUGAGAAGCCCCUGCCUCGCAGAUCCUCCUUCUGGGCUUUUGCAGACCCUGAACAUCAGCAACAGGUUCCUUCCGGUUCCGGGGGCGCUGCUGCUGAGGGAGCCAUUUCUGGGCGCAAUCCUAGCAGCCGGUCCGUACCCAAAGGCCCGGCUUCUCCACACGGAACCAAGAAGCGUAGCCACAGCUCUGAAGACCUCAUUAAGAAUAUCCUGGCUUCUUCUGCGAAACCCGUGAAGUUCACUUUUGCUCCCGCCAGCCAAACAUCCACUUCCGGGGUCACUUACCCUAAGGAGGAAGUUGUCAAGAGCAGUGAUCCAAAUAACAGCCACUCAGACGUGUCCACCACCGAGGCUGGUAUUGAAAACGUCUUUGGAAUUCGACUGAGAAAAAUCCCUACCUCGGACAAGUUCAAGGAUGAGACACAAGAUGACCGGACCAAGCUUUCUUCACUCUCCCUGGGCCCAAAGUCAUUUCCUGUAUGUAAAGGGAAGCGAAUCAGAAGAAGCACUUCCCAUAGGUUCCUGGGCACCGCAGAGCACCUCAUCCCAGGAUAUGAGUUUGCAGAGAAGCAACAGGACAGGCCCAAAUCUGAAAUCAUAGCUGGGAAUCAACCCGCUUACAAGGUCCCAGGAAAGGCUCCUGGUCGACAGGAAUAUUAUAGCAUCUCGGAGCCAACUUGGAUAACCGAGCUGAGAACCAAGAACAGAGCCGCGAUCAAAGAGCCUUUACGUGCGGGAGAUAUCUUAGAAGAUGAAAACCAACCGGCAAGUAGUGUUACUUUCAACGUCAAUAAGCAGGAGCUACUUCAGCCUACCAAAGGAGUCCCUUUCGUGAAGAAUUUGACGAGGAAUUUAGGAAACCAGGGUCGGGCCACGAAAUAGUAGGACCCAACAUUAACACCAGUCCGGUUUCUACUCAAAUCUGUGUCUCCCGAAGCAACCAAAUGUCUGAUUGCUUAAAAGAAAGAAAGAAAGAAGAAAGAAAGAAAGAAAAGCCCUUGGCGAUUCUAAUGUGUAACCCGCCUUGAGAACCACGGGUUGAGUCUAAGCCACUAAGUCAGCCGUAAAGCGGAAUGAAGAGAUAACAUAACUAUCUGCUUCCUCUCCGGUCUCAAUUCAGAAGUGCAAGGCCAUCCGGGAACAACAAUCGGCCAAAGAUUGGCAGUUACAGCUGUAGGUGUCUUCUCUCAGGCCUUCCCAUGCCCAGGCCCCUGUGGCCAUAGCCAUGUAGAUUUUGUCCCUUCGACAUCCCACCCGGGGCAGUGCACAUGCGCUGACUUUUAGAAGCCAGAGGAAAGCUGAAAGGAGGAAGAACUGGACCGCUCUCCCAUCGACGUAGCUCCGCGUCUCUUGCCGCGUGUGUGUCAUUUGCUGUGGUUCUUGUAGGAUUUGAAGAUGAGGGGACGUUUCAAGAGCUCGCCGUGGGAGAAGGAAUCCAGUGCUCUUCCACUCCCCCAGCCAUGCUCCCAGAGCCGGUACAGCCGGAGGAGCCAGUCUGGUUCUCCGUGGCCAAGAAGAAAGCCAAAGCUUGGAGCCAGGAGCCAUAUAACAGAAAUCGUGCAUUGAGUAGUUCCUGGGUGGAGAGUCAACAUUUCAAAUGAUAAUCGCCAAGCGCUAUGUUAAGGCCAAGUCGUGACGGACUGACUUUUAACCAUUUUUCUUCAUUAAGCAAAAGAGCCUUAAGAUGGUAAGUCAAGCUAAUAACCGUUAGAAUGCAGCCAAUGCCGUGAAUGCCUAACCUUCAGUACAGUCACCGCCAACAUCUGAAAACCCAGCAUUUCCUCUAUAAAAACGAUGUAAAAAUGUUUGCAACUGCCAUAGGGUGGGGAAAUCUUGAACGUCGGACAAUGUGCCUUAGGAGACGGAAAGCAAAAAACAUUUUGUUAGGGCAACUAAGACGCGGUCAUUUCCCUUGAUUAAAUAAAUUAAUUCGAAUGGAAAUGGCCAGAUGGCUUGGCCCAAGGAUUGGCUUUUAGGUUUUAUGAGCCUGGUUGAAUGUUUCAGUUCUUUGGUUCCUGCUCCAAGCUUUGCAAAGGCCCCUAGAGGAGAUGGUGGAACAUGAAUCUCCGAGGAAAAUUUUGCCCAGCCUGUCCUCCAAUUAGCCAUUGCCCUUUGAAGCACCGCCCUUGUAUCCCUGGGGCUCCCCAGUGCCUGCAGCUUAGAGCUCCCUCUGUGCACAUGUCCCCAUGUCACAGGUCUGGUAGCCGUGAACACCUCCCACUGAGACAGAGGAUUUCUUGGGGAUCAUCGUCCUCCCUUAGAUGGUUAGUUCAUCAGUGUUUGACCUCUUGCCCCCAUGCCGCUGUGACUCUUCAGUUGCCGAGAGAUGUGCUGAAUGCCAUAUAGCUCUUGUUUUUGAAGCACUUAAGACCCAAUCCAAAAUCGUACAGACGCCAAAAACUGUACUUUCUAUCAGGCAGAUGGGAAGCCUUCCUGGAGGAAGUCUGGGGCCCCUGGCGAGCUGUCUUCUCUCUGGCUCUAGUUUUAAGGUGGAAAGCUCCACGUAGCCCAGUUUCCAGGCUCUUCUCCUCGGCAGCCUCUGUUUCACGAGAUUUUAGCCCAAAGCAGGACCACAACCCCAAAGCCAUAGAACAGUUCACUUUCUGCCAACUGGAAGCCUUAAGUAAUUCCAUCCGCCUAGCCUCUCCCUGUCCUCGUUCCUGGAGGCACACACCUCAAAAGUCACUCGGCUAGACAGCCCCCACCUCCCCCCAGUGAACCACUCACCCCAGAUCCCUUCCUUCCAUUCCACCCCCCAAACACACCGAACACUAAGGGAGAGCUGCUUUUGGGUGCCUGGGCCGUACCUAGCUCAUUUUCUUAGGAGACCCAGAAGUGUCUUCUCGGUAUGCCUUUUACUGUGUCUGCCUCUGUCAUCACGGGGCUGCUUUGCUUCAACAGAAAUGUAAGCCUAGACAUCUAACUGUGCCUUUAAAUUCAGAGCGGGGCACUGCCUCGUGCAAAAACAAAAUUCAGAGAGGCAGUGAGGUGCCAAAGUGAAUUUAAACCCUCGAUGCUUGGUUUUGCUGGUGAUGGCAUGACGUGACCUUGUACAAUCAUAUGCUGGAUUUUGCAUUUUCUUUAUAAGGCAACGAUUUUUCCCGAUACUGUAUCUUUGCCGUUCUGAUAAUGCUAGGUUUUUGAUUGGUCGGGUUUGAUUUCCUUUAUAUUUCCAUAGUGAGCCGUUUAUUUAGGUGGAUGUGCUUUACCCAGUGACCCUGGUACUUCGCUGUUACACCUCCUUACCCCCCUUCCCUCAGCGUAGACCACUAUUAGCUCGUUCUCACUCUGAGAGCUCUCCAUUAAUCACUUCUUUUCCACGGUUAACCAAACUCUGUUUUUAAGUUAAGAGGUUAAGGUUUUUUUUAAUGCAUAGAUGCGCGUUCUGAGAAGUUUUCAGCUUCUUUCAGCAUUCUUGACUUUUAUUAUAUACGUGCAAAGCAAAUAAAUUCAAUAAAGCCUA